AUGACCGAAGCGGCUGUAUCAACCAAGCACAUAACAGUAAAAUUAGAUGGAACAGAGGAUGAUAAGCCCGAAAAUGAGAGCACGGUGAAGCUCUCUAGGCGAGCAAUGCGCAGGGAAAAGCGUCACAUGCAAAUGGUAGAGCGCAAGGAGCUAAAAAAACUGAGACACCAGGAGGAGCAGCGCGCCAAGAAGGCUAAAGGAAUCAUUUCGCCAUCUGUGGAGCUGGACAUGAGCGACACAGCCAUCCUACGGCGCAGGGAGCGCAAUAUUGCUAAGCGAGAGACACUUCUGAUGGCUGCUGAGGAAGGCAGUAAGGUGGUGAUAGAUUGCGCGUUUGACGAUAAGAUGUCCGAAAAAGAGAAGAAGAGUCUUUCGCAGCAGAUAAUGUUUUCGUAUGGAGUGAAUAGGCGAAGUUCCAUGCCUAUGAACGUGUAUAUUACUUCGCUGCACGGUGACGUGAGGAAAAACUUAGAGAAAAUAAGCGGUUUUCACGAGUGGCAGACGUUUGCCGAGUCAUCGUUAAGCUACAUGGAUAUAUUUAAAAAAGAAUCACUCGUUUAUCUCACUGCUGACUCACCCAACACCAUCACAAAGCUGUGCCGUGAUAAGGUGUACAUCAUUGGCGGCAUUGUAGAUCGCAACCGCUUAAAAGGAAUCACAUACGAAAAGGCGAUAAAACAGGGCAUUGAAACUGCAAAGCUUCCGCUCGACGCUGUUGUAGAUAUGGGCUCAGCUACGCGUGUGCUGACUGUGAAUCAUGUGUUUGAGAUUCUUACACACUUUUCCAAAGUGAAGAACUGGGCUCAGGCCACUUUAGCGACGCUUCCAUCACGCAAAGGCGUCCAUUUCAAAGAAACUUCAUAA